AUGAAAAGUUUACUUAAACCAUCAACCAUUGCAUUAGCCACUAUUGGUGGUGGUAUUGGUUUAUUCUUGUACAAGUUCCUUACAAUGGAGAAUGUUUCCAAUGGAGAGGGUGGAGCUAUUGCCUUUGGUCAACUUUCACCAGAAGAGUAUGCUGCUAGAACCGCCAAAAAGGAAAAGAAGGAGCGUUAUGUUCAACCAAAAGGUGACGUUGCACCCAUCCUCAUCCUCUACGGCACUGAAUAUGGUUUGUCGGCCGAAUUGGCACAAAAGCUCGAAAGCGAGAUCAGUGAGAUCAGCGGCAUGUGGGCUCGUGCCGUCGACAUGGAAGAGUUUGAGAUGUUGGAACUUGAAAAGGAACAACUUAUCCUCAUCAUCACCUCGACCUUUGGUGAUGGUGUGCCACCCACCACUGCCCGUCCCUUCUUUGACUACUUGGAGGCCAACGCCAGCCAACUCCGUCUCUCGCAGGCCAAGUUUGCCGUGCUCGCACUUGGCGACCGUUCCUACCCAUACUAUUGCCAAGCCGGCAAGACUAUGGACCGUCUCUUUGAAGAGGUUGGCGCCGCCCGUAUCAAGGACCGCGUCGACGUUGACCAAGAAGACUGGCCCGUCUUUGACCGUUGGUUCAAGAGCAUCAUUGACAUGUUGCCAUCACUUGGCCUCGAGUGUCGUCCAUCAGACUAUUUAUACGAGCGUGCCAAGACAUUUGCCGCCAACGCUGGCAAGCACAACAAAAAGGUGCCAUUCAGCGCCAAGCUCGUUGCCAAGCAGUUGCUCACCAACCCCAACAACCGUGACAAGGAAGGCUACCACUUUGAGUUUGAGUUGGCCGACUCUGAGCUCAAGUGGAUCCCCGGUGACUCGCUCGCCGUCCUCGCCCACAACCAGGCCUCCGAGGUGGCCGCUGUCGUCGCUCAGCUCAAGUUGCAGGCCUCGCUAAAGGUCGCCACCCCCGGCUGGCACUACCAAGAGAAGUUUGGUGCUUCCAACGCCUCCACCAUCACCCUCGAACACAUCCUCACCAAAUGCUACGAUUUGCACAAUGUCAAGCCAGAGUUACUCGUCCUCUUGCGCGACCACGCCAAAUCAGCCGAUGAAAAGGCCAAGCUCGCUGCCCUCGUCGCCGACGGCACCAGCAAGAGCAACGCCGCUCUCCACACCUUCCUCGAGCAAAACCAUCUCGUCGACGUCCUCAAGAUGUUUUCAUCUGCACGUCCACCCAUCAACGACGUUCUCUCGAACCUCUCUAAAUUGCUCCCACGUUACUACUCUAUUGCUUCAUCGCAAGCUCACAAUGACAAGACUGUCUCGUUGUGCGUAGCUAUUGUCCGUUACCAAUUGAACGGAUCUGAACGUAUCGGUGUCGCUUCUACCCACAUGUCUGACCGUCUCAAGAUUGGCGAUCAAUGCUCCAUCUUUGUCAACAACAACCCAGAUUUCCGUCUCCCAUCUGAUCCAUCCACCCCAAUCAUUAUGAUUGGUCCAGGAACUGGUAUUGCACCAUUUGUUGCAUUUAUCCAAGAACGUGUCAAGAUUGGCGCCACCGGCGAGAAUCACCUCUACUUUGGCAGUCGUUCCUCCAAGAUUGACUACCUCUACAAGGAUGUCCUCGAGUCGUACGCCAACGACAAUAUCAUCAAACUCAACACUGCCUUUUCUCGUGAAACCGACAAAAAGGUCUAUGUCCAAGACAGACUCUUGGAAAACAGUCAACAAGUCUGCGAUCUCAUCCAAUCUGGUGGUCACAUUUACGUUUGUGGUGAUGCCAAGCACAUGGCUGUCGACGUUCAUCAAACCCUUCAAAAGAUCCUCGUUCAACACCUUUCAAUCGAUCAAGCAGAGGCUGAACAAUUCCUUCAUCAAUUGGAAAAACAAAAGAGAUACCAAAAGGAUACUUGGUUCUAA